GUAGCGAUGAUUAAAUUUAAUAAUCAUUGAAAUGCAGACAAAGCGAACGCUACUAAAGAGAGAAUAUAUAACAAAUUAUAGUAGAGUAAGAUAUGGCCGAGCAAAACACAGUAGACUUUCUAUGGAACUUAGCAAACAAACUGAGCGCACAAUCACACUCCGAAAAGCUGGUAAAAUCGCAUUACAUUACCACAUGUCGAAAGUUCGCCAGGCACAACGUACAACUGCCCGAAGACAGCUUUGGAGCGGCACGGCUAUGCGCCCGCUGUGGAAGCCCGUGGACCGAUGGCAACUACCGGCUUCAACUGCAGCCCCAGCGCCUGGCGGACACUGCCAAAAGAAAACGACUCAUUGCAAGGUUUGAAACGGCCAAGGCGAGUCAACAGAAGGGCAUGCUGAGCACUGCGGCGAGGAAUCGGGCCAAGUGGCUGAGGAAGCACAUGGCCAGUAACAUUGUUGUGGGCUGCGCCGUUUGUCAGAACAAGACAAUGCUGCCACUCGAGAAGCGAAAGGGGAAGAAACGGGCGAAAGCCAACGAUGAAACAAUAGAAGACCCAACGGCGACGGCGCUUGGAAUGGAUGCAGCCACAAACCAACAGAAAGGGAACAAGAAGAAGGUCCGGAAUAAAGAAAUGAAAGCAAUUAACCCGAAGAUUUCACAGCAGAAAAAAGCAAAGGCGCCUUCAACUCCAGCACGCCCCUCGAAAUCGAUCCAUUCUGCCGGUGCCAAACGCCAAACAACAAAGCAGAAGAAAACAAAAACGAAAGCAGCGCAGUCAGCGCCAGGCUCGAAAACGCAGAAACAAAACGCGUUGUUGCAUCUGGCGGCUCAGCUGAAGUCGCACGCGUUUAAAGACGCGAGCAAGUCGCAGCAGAACCGCUUGCAAGCGUUCCUCAAGUAGCGUGCCAAGCUAUAGCGAAUAGCGCUUGCCAAUGGACUAAAGUACACAAGAUUGUUGUUUAGUUGAAUGAAAAUACUUGUUAUUGCACAUAAUUAAGCGUUAGCACAAUACUAAACCCAUUGGGGCAUGAAUCAGA